AUGGCUAUCUCAAGUUCCACGUUUCGCGCCCUUAUCAUCGUGUACGUUGCGCUGGGCAGCGUGGCGUACGGAUACUGCUCCAGCAUUAUCUCCAGCACCCUCGCCCAGCCCUCGUUUCUUUCUUACUUCGAGCUGGACACGCGCAGCAAUGCCAGUAGCCUGGAGGGCGCUAUAAACGCUCUCUUCCAGGCCGGUGGUCUUGUAGGUUGCUUAUCAUGUAUCGGGUUUGCAGACAUUCUUGGGAGACGAAAGUCGAUCCUAGUGGCCUCUGUAACCACCUUUCUUGGAAGCGCACUACAAGUAGGAGGUUUCCACAUUGCUGCGUACCUUGUCUUUCGCUUUGUGACCGGGCUUGGUGUCGGCGCGCUGGUCGUUUUAAUCCCCCUCUAUCAGUCGGAAAUCUCACCUCCUCGCAUCAGAGGCUUGCUCGUCGGUGCACACGGAGUGAUGAUCUGCGUAGGAUAUGCCUUAGCCAGUUGGGUCGGCCUGGCCUUCAACUUUGUUCAGGACCCCGCCGCCCAAUGGAGAAUACCGCUCGCUGUGCAAUGUAUCCCUCCCCUAUUCCUAGCAAUUGGCAUUCCGUUUCUACCAGAGUCCCCCCGCUGGCUGAUCUCCAACGACCACGUCGACGAAGCGUGGACCUCGUUCAGAGCAGUAGAGGCUUCAUCGAAUAAACCAACCGCCGAAGAGGAAGCAGAGCUGGUGGCCAGCUUCUCCAACCUUUGUGGCCUGAUCCGGAUCGAGAGUGAAGGUGAUCAUAGCUUCAAGGCCCUAGUGACCACGCGGUCCCUUCAGCAACGGUGUAUGAUAGGCUUCAUGAUUCUCUUCGGUUGUCAGGGCACGGCUACCCUGGUUAUCAACAACUACGGACCGUCGCUAUACAAAUCCCUGGGCUUCAAGACAACCGCCCAGCUCCUGAUCCAAGCCGGCUGGAUCUCGAUCAGCCCAUUCGGCAACCUGAUCAACUCCCUCCUGGUCGACUGCGUAGGCCGCACUCGGCUGCUGAUGGCAGGCUAUAUCGGGGUAAUCAUCGCCCUCGUCGGCGAAUGCAUUUCCGUGAGUAUUUUCCAACGCACUGGAUCGCAGCGCUCCGUCAUCGCAGCGAUCUUCUUCCUCUUCCUACACAUGGCCUGUUUCUCGUCGACAUGCGAUGCGACCUCGUACAUCUACGCCUCUGAGAUCUUUCCAACGCCUGUCCGGGCGAAAGGGCUCGCCGUCUCCAUCUCGGGGCUGUUCGUGGCGACCAUCGUCUUCCUGCAGUGUGCGCCUACCGCGUUUGAUACCAUUGGCUGGAGAUACUACCUGGUCUUUAUUUCCUGCACCGCGGCGGUGUUUGUCUUUGUUUCGUUCUGUUGUCCUGAGACCGGGCGGAAAUCGUUGGAACAAAUUUCCGAUCUUUUUGAUGGCCCUCGCGGGGAGAAGAUGUUUGCGGCUGACAAUACUGAAGACGAGGAGAACAAGGGUGAUUUGCAAGAGAUUGAAGACCGCACUGCUCCGUGA